AUGGCCAAGCUUUCCAUCAACGCGCUGGUGGGGCUCUUCACCUUCACGGAUGCCGCGGGCCACAUGCACUGGGACCACGUCUUCGUCACCGAGCUCCUUUCCAACAGCAGCUACCGCCCGGUGCACGAUUUCAUCAUGGGGGCGGAGUAUACGGCAGUGGCCAGGGUCCGACGAGACGUGCCAAAGAAGCACCGCUCCGCCAUCGAGCGGCUGCUGCGCCUGUCGCAUCGGGACGGCACGCCUGUCUAUCGCUGCGAGCCGACGGAGGGCCUGCGGGGGCAGUACCGGGAUCCUCUUACACACUGCCUGGGCGGUGAGAGCCUGCUGCUGACGGGCUAUCCCGGGACGGGCAAGACGCAUCUGGCACGCAAGAUCGUGGAGGCCCUGCGGGAACUCGGGGACACCGUGCACAUCAUCACGAAGACCCACGCCGCCGUGCAGAAUGUGGGGCUCGGGGCGCAGCUGCAGCGCCACCUGGCUGGUCAUCGAGGGGCGGAGGUGUGCAGGGAGCUGAAAGACAGCCAAUUGCUGCACGACCUGGCCGACGGCUGGUGCCACGAGCUCUCGGAGCGCUGGCGCUUCGAUGCAGAGCAGGUGCCUCUGCGCGAAGCCGUACAGAUGGCCCGGCAGCGCUUCCCGGGGAGGGGCGAGCCGGAGGUCUGUCUGGUCAUCUCCCACGCCAAGCGACUGCAGAUCAACGAGCGAGAGAAUCGCAGGCAAGCGCCGCAAUAUGCGCUGCUGGUGGAGUAUGCGGGGCUGCUGGUGGAGUACGCGGGGCCGGAGACGGCGGGGCACUAA